AUGGCGUUUGAUACCACCUCCGGCUAUGCGCCGGGCGAGGAGCUCGACCCGUCGCUUCCCAUGUUCAACAUCGAGCGCGUCUCGCUACAGUUCGCCGUAUCCUCCGAUUUUGUCGCUGCUGAAGUAGCAAAUAAUGUCUUGAUACUAGCUCUGUCGACUGGGCGGAUUCUCCGAAUAGACCUGGACCAGCCAGCCGACAUCGACGACAUUGACCUGCCCAAGAAGCCGAGCGAAAUUGGAAUAAUCAAACGCCUGUUCUUAGACCCUUCCGCAUCGCAUCUGAUCAUCACCACGACUCUCGCAGAGAAUUACUAUCUCCAUACACAGUCACGCACGCCCAAGGCGCUUUCGAGAUUGAAAGGGGUCGCGAUUGAGAGUAUAGCAUGGAAUCCUGCACAACCUACGGCGUCGACCAGGGAGAUUCUCGUGGGAGCGUCGGACGGGAAUGUCUACGAGGUAUACAUAGAGCCGUCAUCCGAGUUCUACCGGCGGGAGGAGAAGUAUCUCAGAGGCGUGUACAAGACGAAUGAUGGGCCUGUGACUGGCUUGUGGACGGAUGUAAUACCGGGGAGAGCAGACCUCAGACGGGUGAUUGUAGCCACGCCAUCCACAUUCCUGCACUUUGCGGGGAAAGUAGGGCGGCAUGGGCACGAGGGCAGCGGUUCGAUAUUCUCCAAACUGUUCGACACGGAAAGCGCAACCGUACAUGAGGUUGGGAAUGUGGCUCCGUCGGCGCGUUCGCUUCUUGCGGUCUCCCCGGAGUCACAGGAUACACCAACUCUGGAACACUCCAACUCUGAACGCGUAUUUGGAUGGCUUACAUCGCAAGGCGUGCUUCAUGGGAAGCUGUACGUUUCCCAGGAUACUACCGAGUUGGGAGGAAAGAUUUUAGCAGAGUCGAAGAUGCUAUCCAGAUCCGCAAUUCCCCCUUCUCAGACGGCCAGUGGACGGACCAGAAAGUCUCAAGAUGCGGUCAGCUCCAUGAUUUUGAGUCAGUGGCAUAUCAUCCAACUUGUAGAAGGAAGAGUUGUUGCAAUCAACCGUCUCGACGAUACUGUUGUGUUGGAUCAGACGGUCCUUGAGCCGGGCCAAACCGCUCUAGGACUCGUGGCCGACAUCAAAAAGAACACAUUCUGGCUUUUCACUACGCGAGAGAUCUUUGAAAUCGUCAUAACAGACGAAAGCCGCGAUAUUUGGAAGAUCCUCUUGAAAAAUCAACAGUUUGAAGCGGCGUCGCAAUUCGCAAAGACAUCGGCCCAGAAAGAUGCAGUGGCGACUGCUUCGGGGGACUACCUGGUUGCUAAGGGACAAUUCCUGGAAGCAGCGGCAGUGUACGGCCGGAGCACUAAGCCAUUUGAACAAGUGGCACUCACAUUCAUUGAUAAUGGAGAACAAGACGCGUUGCGGAAGUACCUUGUGACAAAAAUUUCCACACUGAAAAAAUCUUCGAUCAUGCAGCGUGUAAUGGUGGCGACUUGGCUUAUCGAGAUAUAUAUGGCGAAGCUCAACAUUCUGGAUGACACCAUUACAACGAAGGCCGAACUAUCCGAGAGCAUGAAUACAGCUGAGACUCAGGACCAGCUCUCCGUGAUUCGGAAAGAAUAUCAGGACUUCGUUUCAAAGUACAAGACUGACCUUGACCGCAAGACGGUGUACGAGAUCAUCAGCAGUCAUGGACGGGAAGAGGAGUUACUUUACUUUGCUACCGUCAUCAAUGACUACAACUAUGUGCUGUCAUACUGGGUUCAAAGAGAGAGAUGGCAAGAGUCGCUUGACGUCCUGAAGAAGCAGACUGACCCUGAAAUAUUCUACAAGUAUAGCAGCGUCCUGAUGGCACAUGCACCAGUCGAGUUUGUCGAAAUAUUGAUGCGGCAAACAAAUCUAGAUUGCCAAAAGCUGAUACCUGCUUUCCUCAACUACAACAACAUGACGAAGGCAAAACUGAGCCAGAACCAAGCAAUUCGCUACCUACUCUUCGAAAUCAAUCAGCAUCAGUCAACCGAUGCUGCAGUCCACAACACCCUUAUAUCCCUGUACGCAUCGAAUGACACUACCGACGAAUCGGCUCUUCUCAGUUACCUCGAGGCCCAGUCGUAUGCCCAUGAACAGAACUACGAUGCCGAUUUUGCACUCCGCCUCUGUAUACAGCAUAAGCGUGUGCAAUCAUGCGUUCAUAUCUACAGCUCGAUGGGCCAAUAUGUGCAAGCCGUCGAUCUCGCCUUGAAAUACGACGAAGUCGAUCUGGCAAGCAAGGUCGCCGAUCGCUCAGAGACGGACCCUGCAUUGCGGAAGAAACUCUGGCUAGCCAUAGCGAAGAAGGUGAUUUCGCAAUCUUCCGGCAUCAAGACGGCAAUAGAAUUCCUCCGACGGGUCGAUCUCUUACGAAUCGAAGACCUUAUACCCUUCUUCCCGGACUUUGUCGUUAUAGAUGAUUUCAAAGAGGAGAUAUGCGCCGCGCUGGAGGAGUACUCGCGGAAGAUUGACGAGCUGAAGAAGGAGAUGGAUGAGAGCGAAGAGACGGCUACCCAUAUCAAGGCGGACAUCAAGGCGCUGGAGCAACGGUACGCAAUCGUGGAGCCGGGCGAGCGAUGUUAUGUAUGUGGACUUCCUCUUCUGGCACGCCAAUUCUUCGUAUUCCCCUGUCAGCACGCAUUUCACAGCGAUUGCUUGGCGAAGAAGGUGGUUGAGCUGGCGGGGAUUGCGAAGGGGAAGCGCAUUGCCGAAUUGCAGACGGAAGUGAGCAAGGGCGCCAGUCUGGGACCCAAGAGGGAGAAAGCGAUAAGGGAGUUGGAUGCUCUUGUCGGGUCGGCUUGUGUGCUCUGUAGUGAAAUGGCUGUUCGUCUUAUUGACGAGCCUUUUGUGUCGGCAAGUGAUGAUCGAGAAGAAUGGGCUUUGUAG